AUGAUGCUGCUACUCUUGGUAAAAGAAACUCCUGUUGAAGACAAUGUCUUGUUUCUCGCAGUGUCUGUCACGAAAGCCAUUAAAGUCAAAGAAGAGGCUCCUGGCUGUGAAGACGUCGAGGGCAAACACGCUUCUGAGAAUGAUUCGUUCACCGUGGGGCAGCCGAUCGCACACCCGCACCACGAGAAGAAGUAUGAGUGCCGGUUCUGCCCUUUCUCCAGCUGUCAAAGUGCGGGCAUCAAGAAGCAUGAAAGAACGCACACGGGCGAGAAGCCCUUCAGCUGCCGCAUCUGCCACAGAGUGUUUGCACUGAAGGGUAACCUGCAGGUUCACGAGAGAAUUCACACAGGUGAAAAGCCGUUCAGGUGCCAGACUUGCCAGAAGGCAUUUUCACACAAAAAUAGCCUGCAGGCUCACGUGAGGCUUCAUACGGGGGAAAGGCCAUUUAAGUGUCAGACUUGCCACAUGGCAUUUGUGGCAAGCAGUGACUUGAAGCGUCACAUAAGAGUCCACACGCGUGAAAAACCAUACAAGUGCGGAACGUGUGGGGCCGCGUUUAUCCGGCGGCGCCAGUUGAGGUGUCACGAGGUACUUCACGGUGGAGACCCACCAUUCCAUUGCAAGCAGUGUGGCGAAAAAUUUGUGCAGCAAGCUUAUUUAAAUGCUCAUCAAAAGGAGCAUCAUCCGUGAGGGACAUCCGUCAUGUAGUAAAGGGAAGUGUAGCUUGGCUUAUUUGUAGUGUCGUUUUACCCUUUUAUUCAAGACCAUCUUGGUUGGACCACCUGUAACUGAUUGUUUCAUAAAUCAUCUAUUACCUGCCAGUACUGGCUGCCUUUUAACACUAUAAAAGUCAGAACUGCAAAGGGAACCAUCACUAAUAGAGAACCAUUAAGUCACCAUUGUAAUGAGCAUAUACCAUAUUUUCCAAAAUGUAAAUCACAUCUGUGCAUUAGUCACGCUGAGCUAUAAACGGCUGUUUACAUUCAAACUUUGGUAUAUAGGCCGCACCUUUAUACAAGUCACACCUUAUAUUUGUAUGACAAUAAUAAUAAUAAUGUUUAUUCCCACGUUUAAUGGUGGAGCAAAGGGUAAGAACCUCAGUGGAGGCUUGACUAGCCCUUAGCACCAUACAUUGGCUUAGCAGCUAAAAAAAAAAAAUUAUUACAUGGUAACAAUAUCAAAUACAUGCACUGAUGUUUCAAACAAGAAAUAAGAAUAAUACGGGAAGAAUACAUGUUAUCUAACAGAGAUCACUAGCAUACACAAAAAGUUGAAAUGAGUUGCCGAAGUUGCUAGUACAGAAAAAACAAUCGCAGGGCCUUGUAAAAGAUAAUCUCUAAGCCAUGUUUUUUUUCUAUAAGGAAGUUUAACAGUUUAGGUAUAAUAUAAUGUAGCAAUUGAGUACCAUAUUUAGUAUGACAAGGAACGACACUUCAAUAUUUCAUAUGUCUAGUAAAGUAGACGAGUUGAUUUGGUGUCAAUACCGCAAGGUUUGAGAGUAAUCUAUAGUGUUUUUUUUAUUUCUAGUUUUAAAUUCGGUCAUAAUUUGUAUUCAUUGAGGUCAGACAUUUUUAACACUUUAAAAUUCUCAAACAGACUAUCUGUAUGAAAAUCAUAAGGCACAUUAGAUUUUAUUGUUAUAACUUUUUUCAGUAACAAAAAUAAUUUUGGAAGUUUGUAAACAUUGUUUUACUUCGGACCAGGCUGCAGUAGUGAAGGGGAGAAAAAAAAAAUAAAGAAUUGUAAAUUAAUAGCUUCACAUUGACUGGGAGUGUUUUACUGUUACAAAAUGUUAGUCCUAUAAUGCUUGAUUGGCACUGCAAAGAUGAAUUGAAAAGCCCGCAUAUGUGUGCUAUGACUGCAAUAUACGUGCAAGUGAGAGCAAGUUUCAAUAUUCUCGUCAACGAAUUGAAUGAGGAAUACAACCACUGUGGCAAUUUUUCAUAGUUAGGCCCCUAGUUUUAGAAAAUAUUCCAUAUAAGUUGCAUCCUUGUAUAAAAUGCACUGACGGAAAUUUUUUAAAAACAAAAAGCGACUCGCACUAGGAAAUACGGUAGGUGCAUUUUUGUUCUGCCAUGCCCCAGAGUGCUUUAUUUUCCACCAUUCCUGGAUACUUCUGGCUGAACACAUUUCGUGACACUGCACUCAAGCAGCUGGGCACGUGCUGAAGCAAAUG